CACCUCAUGUCAAAAUUGACACCUUUUUUACAUUUUUAUCCUUACACGGUUUUUUAAACUUUUUUAACUUUUACAUUUUUCAAUUUUACUUUUCAAAAAGUUUAAUAAUUACAAUUUUACCUUUUCCCUUCUUCCUUACACACGUACACGCACGCCACCUCAUAAAUCCUUUCUUUUUCUUUUUUUUUUUUGAAUUUUUCAUUUACCUGAUUCUUCCACUCUUCAAACCGAGCUUCCCACGAUCACCAUUAUCAAGCCCUAACCAAUUUUUUCUUCCCACGAUCACCUUCUCCAAGCCCUCACCCACGUUUUCCUCAACCUACAUUGUCAUCCUCCUCUAUUUUUUCUCUAUAUAAAUGGCAACCACUAGAAGUGGUUCGAAAUCACCAUCUCCGGCGAAGAAAGUUUCUAAAAAAUCGAAGAAGGCUCCAACUGUUACUUCCAAAGUCGAACCUAAAAUGGGGUUAAAAAAAAUUGCUAAAAAUUUAGUGGCUGAUGUUCCAGAGACAUCGGCCUCUAAGAAAAGAGCCCUUCCUGUUAAAGUAGAUGCUCCUAAGACUAAGAGAGCAAAAAUUUCCAAGUCUGCACGCGAUGUUUCCUCAGAUUCUGAUUUUGAGGAUGAAGUGCAUGGUGAGGACCAAAAGCCCAAAGUUGAAUCAAAGGUCCAUGCUAGGACCUCAGUGAAGGUUGAAGGAUUUGACCUACCAAAGAAAAAUCCCCCUAAGGAAUGGGAUUAUAUUUAUGACCAGAAGAAUCUGUUCAUUGCUAAAGCCUUUUCCACUGCUACUUUCCAGGUGAUAGAGAACAUUAAAUCUUGUCUUUCAGAUGUACAGCUUGAAAUCUUUUCAAAAACCUGUUUUGGUCAUUUCCUUAACCUUCCCGAUUUUAAAGUUCAACCCCAAGUGUUUCAUGGGUUGUUGCUCCGAGAGGUUCAGCAACCUAAUGAUGCUGAGUUGUGGGUUAUGAUACGCGGUGUUAGGCUUAGGUUUAGCAUUGAGGAAUUUGCAUUGAUUACUGGGUUAGACUGUGAAGGUGACUGUAGUGUCUUAGAUUUUAAGCAAGAGGUUAAUAGUCUUUGUGAAAGAUAUUGGCCAACUUCGUCCUCUAUCACUAAGGAAUCUGUUAGGGAAUGUUUUACCACCAAGAGGUGGGGUGAUUCUGAUGAGGAUGCUGUGAAGUUGGCAGUUUUGUAUUUCGUGGAGUGGUUCUUGCUUAGUGGCACUAAGCAUAAAAAUGUACCCAAGUCUAUUUUAGAUGUUGUAGAUAGUGGGAGGUACAAUGAAUUUGCUUGGGGCCGGAGUUCUUUUGAAUUGACUAUUUCCUCAUUGAAGGGUAAGCUUGAUAGUUGGGUUGAGGGGGUUAGGAAGGCAAAGAGUUCGGGAAAGAGGCCGAGUGUUUUUUACACUUUGAUUGGUUGUCCUCAUGUUCUUCAAGUUUGGUUCUACGAGUGUUGUAAGUACAUGAAAGGUAAGUACUGCCAAAAGGAAAGCUCUCGUAUUCCAAGGAUCACUCAGUGGACAUGCAAUAGUCAACCUACUUUCAAAGUUUUGAAGACUACUAUCUUUGAUGUUUCCAAAGAUAAGCUGCAACUUUCAAAUAUGAGGCCCACGGCUGGUGAGUUCAAAGCUUUGAAACUGAGCAGUUUCAAGUUCGACACCGACUUCAACUCUUACAAGAGUCUUCCUGUCCCCGAAGAGCCAACUGUUGCUCGAGUGACAUUUCGUCAAGCUUCGAGGCCUUUUCUCGAGAAAUUUCAUGGGUUGGAGGUCAAGAUCGAUUCGUUGCAUACUUCCCAACAGAAGAUUUCAUCUGAUUUGGUUGAGUUGAAAGAGUUUGUGUUCCGCACGCUUUGUUUCUUUUGGUGCUCGAUGGCUUCAAUGCAUACGCUUUCUACUGUUUUUGCCGAUUCCUAUGCCAAGGAAAAAGGCAGUGACUCUUCCAAUGAUGAUGAUGGAGGUGGUGAUGAAGCAGAUUUUGAUUUAAAUGAAUCUGAAGAAACUGAUGAAAAUGAAGAAGAGAAUGUUAUGGGUGAUGACGAAGGGGAGGGUAGUGAAGGUGAAGAGAAGGAUGAUCAAGCCGAUGAAGAUUCUGACUCAAAAGAAAAAAAUGAUAAUGGCAGUGAUGAUGAUGCCACUGAUAGUGAGGAGAAGAAUUUCGUUGAUUUCAAUGACGGCCCUACUCAAAUAGAUGUUGAGGCUACUGUUCAGUCCGGGGUAAAAGCAGUUGAGCUUAUGAUGUCUUCAGAUGGAAUUGGUGGUGAUCCUUGUAAACAGAUUUCAGUUUCUGAAAAUGUUGAGGUUACGGAUCGUCGUCUUGUUUGUUUUGAGAUGGGUGCAACAGGUCUCAAUGUUGAUUCUAACAUUGAACUUGAAGAUGACCCAAUUCCCGUUGAAGAAACUCCUCUUGUUGACAAGAGGAAAUCUAAGAAACCCAUAGCACUGACGUCUCCGUUUAUGGAGUAUGACUCUUCCAUCUCUAGUUCUAAAGAUGGUUUUGGUUAUGGAGUUGUUAAGUAUGUGGCUGGGUUGUGUCCUCUCGAUGAUAAGAUUGGUGAAGAUGUAGAACAUAAAGACGAGAUUGAUUUUGACUUGUGGCUUGGUGAAGGACGCCGAUCGAAGAAGGAUCCGCAUGAUAAGGAGAAGGUUUACUUGAAGGGUAAGGAUAAGAUUGUUCCCCCUUUUCGUUUUGGCGUGGAAGAUGUUGCAACCAAGAUGUGGUUCCACAAGCUUGCAUAUCCUGGCCAAUGUUUGACUAAUUCUCAUCUGGACAUCAUUUUUUACUAUCUACGUAAAAAAGGAAAGUAUGCAAAGGAGCCAAAGGUUAAGUUCACAACCACCGAUUGCUUAUUCUUCAAAACCAUUCAUGCUUUGUAUGAAAAAUUUAUUGCACAGAAAAAAAAUCUUUCUUUGAUAACUGCCCAGCAUGCCAUUGCUGAUUAUAUAAGAGGUAGAAAAAUGUUAUGUGGUUCCCCUUGGCAUUUGUGCGAUCAUGUUUUCUUUAUCAUCCAUAUGGAGACUGAAUCACAUUGGAUUCUUGGUCGAUUGAAUAUUGAGGAAAGGCGUGUGUACAUGUACAACUCCUUGUCGACUGCUAUGAAAGAUAGUCUCGCUAUCAAAGCUUGUCGCCCAUUUGCGGUGUUGUUGCCCCACUUUUUUGCUUUGUUUGAUGAGUUCAAAAAGGAAAACAAACCGGUUUGUUUAGACCCUUUCGAAGUUGUUAAGGUUGAUGGUUUGCCUCAACAAACCUCGAAUGACUGUGGUUGUUUCGUUGCAUCGUUCGCCGAAUACUUUAUUGAUAUGAAACCGAUUCCUCCCAUAUUUGAUGUUGAGAAACACCGUGAUAGGCUUGCUGUGUUGUUCUAUAAGUAUGCUCGCAUGAAAGAAGUGGAAUUUAUUGAUAGUGAAGAUGAGGCUCCUCCGAAGGGUCCAAAGAAGAAUUUGUCUUAGUUAUCUAUUGGUUGUUGUUGGAAAUACUACUUUUUUUUAUGUAGCUUUUGUUUUUUCUAUUACCAGAUUAUGUUCAUAAUCAUAGACAAGUUGUUGUUUCUAUCAUGUUUUUUUCUUAAUUGGAAUUGGUUUUUAAUUUGUUCA